GCCGCCGCGGUCAUCUCCCAGACACCCACCGGUCAGCCAUCGCCCCACCCAAAAGGAAGGAGAGAGACGCGCAGCAGAUCGCAAGCUCGUCGGCGAGGGAGAGCAGUGGGAGGCGGCGGCGAUGGGUUUCGUCAUGGAGUUCGCGGAGAACAUGAUCCUCCGCCUGAUGGAGGACCCGGACCGCCGCGACCAGGCCCAGCGGGAGCACGUCUACCGGAUGAAGGAGCGGUGCGAGCGCACCAAGGCGGCGUGGAGCCUCCCGCUGCGCCCCUACGGCUUCUGGACCUUCGACCGCUUCAACUCCCAGCUCUCCUGGGACCCCCAGAUCAGCCAGGCCGCCGGGCGCCGCGACCCCUACGACGACCUCAUCACCCGCCACUCUGGCACCCCGCCGUCGUCCUGAGCGCCGCCGACUCCCGCGCCGAUAUCCGUUGUGACGAAGUGUUGCCAUGUCGAAUCUACUUGGGCUAGCAAAAAAGGAACUCAUUCCUUCAAACUGAAUGUGAUUGCAUUCUCUUCUGUUUCGAAGUGUUAUCACCGAACUACCCUGCUUCCAGUUUCAAGUUGGCAUGGAAGCAGAAGUUGUCCUGAGCUUCCGUUCACGAUUGCAGUCUUCGUAUUAUGAAAUGUUUCAAUAAUCUUACUACUCAUUGGCUUCUGCUAUUUGGUAAA